AUUUCAAAAAAAAAUAAAAAUCGAGUCUCCUUUUACCAACUCCUACAAUCGGCCAAAAGAAAUGCUACCCCACUCCGUCCAGUCGGGUCGAACCGCAGAGCGAGACGGAGGGGAGAGGAGGAUGAAGUGCGUAUCCUGUAGAGACGAGUACGGGGCACACGACGCCGGCACUUGCAAGGAGUGCUACGAGGAGGCGAGCGAGACAGAGGAGGAGCUCAAACGGGAGAUCGAGGAUCUCAAGGCCAAAGUGAGCUUCUUGCGCUUCGAUAACCACCAGCAAAGGCCUUCCUUUACCGAUGUCGUUUUGGUCGCCUACGAUGGACAGCCCGUGCCCGUUCCCGUUCCCGUCCCUGCUCAUAAGGCCGUCUUGAUGAGUCGUUCCCCAGUAUUUAAAGCAAUGCUUGAGACUGAGAUGGAGGAAAGCCGGAGUGGCACCAUUAAGAUAAGUGAUGUGUCUUAUGACGCACUUCGUGCAUUUGUGAAUUAUUUGUACACUGCCGAAGCAUGCCUUGACGAGCAGAUGGCCUAUGACUUAUUGGUGUUGGCGGAAAAAUACCAAGUGAAGCAUCUCAAGGCUUAUUGUGAGAAGUUCCUUGUAUCCAAAUUGAAUUGGGACAAUUCAAUCAUGAGUUAUGCCUUUGCACACCAGCACAAUGCAAAGCAUGUUCUUGAUGCUGCAUUGUCGAUGAUCACAGAAAAUAUGAACAAGGUUACAAAGCGAGAAGAGUAUGUAGAGCUUUUGCAGAAGGAACCCCGGCUUAUCGUGGAUAUCUAUGAAGCCUAUGUCGCCAAACUAGAAAAUACUGCCGCACACAAGGAUUCUUGAUCAGAAGAUGAUAGUAUGUCUUUAUAAAAAGAAAAUAUUGGACGUCGAUGAAGUCUUCUUUAAUUGGAACAGAUAUUGGUCAUUUGUUGGUAAUGUACAUAAUGAAUCUACAUUACAAAGAUUCCCAAUAAGUAUUUUUACCUAAUUCUGUC